CUUUCCUCUCUCACUCUGCCUGGCUCAAUUGCCGAUCGAUAAAGCCAGCAUUCAAACUGUAGACCAGACUCUUCUUCGUCCUCAGCCGGUUUUUAGAGAUUCAAAGGGAAAUAUGUUGAACGGCAGACACAAGAGCGCGCCAGCAGAGAUCUUCGCACUUGAUGCCCCUCUCAGUAGAGAUGGUUGAGCCCUCGUCCAGGUUGCUGUGGUCCUAUCCUAAAAUUCAGUCUUGCUCACUUCUCUCCUAUCAGCUGACAAAGCGCGGCGGGCGGCUCUGCCUGUUUCUCCUCUGAGAAGGGAAUCUACUUAAACCCCCACAGAAAGAGAAAACUGGCCAUAGGUUACAUGUUUUAGUUGUGAACAUGAAGGGGAUUUACAGAGACGGAUACUACGACGGAUCUAUUGAACUACGGGACGUUUUCAACAGGAGAUGCGUUAAAUGUGGCAGAAGGGACUUUGUUCAAGCCAAAACGAUGAGGAUUAGAACGGGGAUUGUUUUUUGGAACCUCGUCUUCUCACUGAUGUUCACUUGUGUGAAAGGUUUUAUCCAUUCUUGUGGAGGCACUUUAAAAGGCAGGAAUGGGACAAUAGAAAGUCCUGGCUUUCCAUAUGGAUAUCCAAAUGGAGCGAACUGUACCUGGGUGAUUGUUGCUGAGGAGGGGAACAGGAUUCAUAUAGUUUUUCAAUCUUUCGCUGUGGAGGAGGAAUAUGACUUUUUAUCUUUGUAUGACGGGCAUCCACACCCGGCUAACUUCAGAACGAGGUUAACAGGAUUUACCAUCCCUCCACCUGUUACCAGUUCUGGCUCUAUUUUUUCCCUGAGGCUUACCAGUGACUUUGCAGUAAGCGCUCAUGGAUUUAAGGCAGCUUAUGAAGAGCUGAGAAGCAGCUCGUGUGGAAACCCAGGAGUUCCACCCAAAGGCAUACUGAAUGGAACUCAGUUCAACGUAGGUGACAAGAUCCGCUACCGAUGUGUCACAGGUUAUGUCCUUGAUGGGCAUUCGCUCCUCACCUGUGUCACCAAUGCAGCUGGCGUGUCAGUGUGGGACUUCCCGGUGCCAAUCUGCAGAGCGGAGGACACAUGCGGUGGCACCCUGAGGGGCUCCAGCGGGCUCAUCUCCAGCUUCGAUUUCCCCAGUGGUGAGUCCCCCAGCACUGGCGGAAGCGGAGGUGCUGGGGGCCUGGGCAGCAGCGGGGAGUGCAAGUGGACCAUCCUGGCAGAUCCGGGAGACACUAUUUCUCUGGUGUUUACUGAAUUUCAAAUGGAGGAGAAGUCAGAUUAUCUGGAAAUCGAGGGAUCUGAACCGCCGACCAUCUGGCUAACUGGAAUGAAUAUUCCAGCACCCAUCAUUAGCAACAAAAACUGGUUACGACUGCAUUUUGUGACGGAGAGCAACCACCGCCACAAAGGCUUCAGGGCUCAGUAUCAAGUGAAAAGCUCUGGAGAGCUUAAAUCCAGAGGGGUAAAAUUAUUACCAGGAAAGGACAACACUAACAAACUGUCUUUGAUGAAUGAAGGAGGAAUCAAACAGGUGUCUAAUUACUGCCCUGACCCAGGGGAGCCGGAAAACGGCAAACGGAUAGGCUCCGAUUUCAGCAUCGGAGCAACUGCUCAAUUUACCUGCGAUGAAGACCAUGUGCUGCAGGGUUCGAAAACGAUUACCUGCCAGCGCGUUGCCGAAGUCUUCGCUGCUUGGAGCGACCACAGACCCGUCUGCAAGGUGAAAACCUGCGGGUCGAAUCUACAGGGACCGUCGGGGACGUUUACAUCCCCUAACUUUCCUAUCCAAUAUGAGAGUAACUCACAGUGUGUGUGGAUCAUCACUGCCAGUGAUCCAAACAAGGUCAUUCAGAUCAACUUUGAAGAAUUCGACCUAGAAAUUGGGUAUGAUUCCCUAACUAUUGGAGAUGGAGGGGAAGUAGGUGACUCUAAAACAAUCAUUCAAGUGCUCACUGGGAGCUUUGUCCCAGACCUAAUUGUCAGCAUGUCCCAUCAGAUGUGGCUUCACCUCCAGUCUGAUGAGAGUGUUGGCUCAAUUGGAUUCAAGAUCAACUACAAAGAAAUUGACAAAGAGAGUUGUGGCGACCCCGGUACACCUCUGUAUGGCUAUCAAGAGGGAACUGGUUUUUUAAAUGGAGAUGUUUUACGCUUUGAAUGCCAAUUUGGAUUUGAGCUCAUUGGGGAAAGGAUGAUCACCUGCCAGAACAACAAUCAGUGGUCAGCUAAUAUCCCCAUCUGCAUCUUUCCCUGUUUCUCUAACUUCACUGCGCCCAUGGGGACGGUGUUGUCUCCAGACUAUCCAGAAGGCUACGGGAACAACCUUAACUGUGUUUGGCUGAUUAUCUCUGAGCCUGGCUCCAGGAUCCAUUUGGCCUUCAAUGACUUUGAUUUGGAGCCUCCUUACGACUUUCUUACUAUCAAAGAUGGGGAUCAGUCAGGAGCCACAAUACUAGGACGCUUCUCAGGGGCUGAAGUUCCUUCCCACCUGACAUCCAAUAGCAACGUUUUGCAGCUCGAGUUUCAGGCCGAUCACUCGAUGUCUGGGCGAGGGUUCAACAUUACCUAUAGCACUUUUGGGCAUAAUGAGUGCCCUGACCCUGGCAUACCGUUGAACGCUAGGCGCUUUGGGGACAGUUUCCAGCUGGGGAGCUCCAUCUCUGUUGUUUGCGAGGAUGGCUUUAUCAAGACACAGGGAGCUGACACCAUCACAUGCCAUCUGGAAGAAGGCAAGGUGAUGUGGAGUGGACUCAUUCCCAAAUGUGAAGCUCCUUGUGGAGGACACUACUCAGGGCCAUCUGGUGUCAUCCUCUCCCCCGGGUGGCCAGGCUACUACAAAGAUUCCUUGAGUUGUGAGUGGGUCAUUGAGGCCGAGCUGGGACGCUCCAUCAAGAUUAGCUUUGACAGGUUCCAGACUGAGCUCAGUUAUGACUUCCUGGAGGUUCACGAUGGUCCCAACCUGCUCUCUCCUCUGAUUGGCUCUUUUAAUGGAACCCAGGUCCCUCAGUUCCUGUUCAGCAGUAGUAACUUCCUGUAUCUGCUCUUUACCACCGAUAACAGUCGAUCAAACAGUGGCUUCAAGAUCUUCUAUGAAGUGGUCACAUUGGACACAUACUCCUGUAUGGAUCCUGGUAUCCCAGUAAAUGGCUUUCGGUUAAGCCACGACCUGUCCAUCGGCUCAACUGUGACCUUCCAGUGUGACCCAGGAUAUAGACUGAGCCACGAGGAGCCUCUAGUUUGCGAGAAGAACCACUUUUGGAGCCACCCACUGCCCACUUGUGAUGCAUCAUGUGGUGGUGAUAUCAGGGGACCUGGAGGGAUCAUCUUAUCACCUGGCUACCCUGAGCUGUAUCCUAACUCUCUAAAUUGCACAUGGACUGUAGAAGUCAGCCAUGGAAAAGGUGUCCAAUUCACUUUUCACUCCUUCCACCUGGAGGAUCACCAUGACUACCUUCUGAUAACAGAAAACGGCAGCUUCGCUCAGCCACUCGCUCGCCUGACUGGCUCUGAGAGGCCUGCACCAAUUAAUGCUGGCCUGUAUGGCAACUUCAAGGCGCAGCUACGCUUCAUUUCUGACUUCUCCAUAUCGCUGCAGGGAUUCAACAUUUCCUUCUCAGAGUACGAUCUUGAACCUUGCGAGGACCCUGGAACGCCUCGGUACGGCUGGCACACGGGCUCCAAGUUUGGCAUUGGCGACUCUUUGUCGUUCUACUGCAAUACGGGCUAUCGUCUACAGGGGGCGAGGGAGAUUGUGUGCCUGGGAGGUGGGCGGCGCAUGUGGAGUGCCCCUCUGCCAAGGUGUGUGGCUGAGUGCGGUUCAACAGUCUCCAACAAUGAGGGAGUUCUUUUGUCCCCCAACUAUCCAAUGAACUAUGACAACAGCCACGAGUGCGUGUACAGCAUUCAGGUCCAAACAGGAAAAGGCAUCAACAUCACUGCCAGCACCUUUGAGCUUGCUCAAGGUGAUGUUCUCAAGCUGUAUGACGGUAAAGAUGGGGCAGCGCCACUGCUUGGCACAUACACGAGCACGCUGAUGCAAGGUCUGUCCCUUACCAGCACUUCCAACUAUCUGUGGCUUGAGUUCUACUCUGACCAUGAGAAGACGGCUGCAGGUUUCCGGCUCAUAUACCACAGUUUUGAGCUGUCCCACUGUGACGAUCCAGGUGUGCCACAGUUUGGCUUCAAAAUCAGUGACCAGGGUCACUUUGCUGGAGGUGCCAUCACGUUUGGCUGUGACCAAGGUUACACUCUGCACGGCUUUGGCAUGCUAAAGUGCAUGACUGGUGAAAGAAGAGCGUGGGACAACCCUCUUCCUUCAUGUAUAGCGGAGUGUGGUGGCAGUUUUAAGGGUGAGUCUACUGGGCGUAUCCUCUCUCCUGGCUAUCCCUUCCCCUAUGACAACAACCUGAGAUGUACCUGGACAAUCGAGGUCAAUUCUGGCAACAUCGUCAGCCUCCAGUUUCUUGCAUUCGACACGGAGGCGUCCCAUGACAUCCUGAAGGUUUGGGAUGGGCCUCCUGAGAAUGAAAUGUCUCUGAAGGAAGUUAGUGGCUCACUGCUGCCUGAAGGAAUCCACUCGACUCUCAACAUCGUCACCAUUCAGUUUGAGACUGAUUUUUACAUCACCAAGUCUGGCUUUGCCAUUGACUUCUCAAGUUCGCUUGCAACAGCCUGCAGAGAUCCAGGUAUUCCCAUGAAUGGCAGUCGCAACGGAGAAGGGCGGGAGCCGGGUGACUCUGUGACCUUCUCCUGUGAUCCGGGAUAUGAAUUGCAGGGAGAGAGCAGAAUCACCUGCAUCCAAGUGGAAAAUAGAUACUACUGGCAACCCAGCCCUCCAAGCUGCAUUGCUCCUUGUGGUGGGAAUGUGACAGGGUCUUCAGGAUUCAUCCUUUCUCCCAACUACCCCCAUCCCUACCCACACAGCAAAGACUGUGACUGGCUUAUCGCAGUUCACUCUGACUAUGUCAUCUCCCUGGCUUUCAUCAGCUUCAGUAUUGAGCCAAACUAUGAUUUCUUGUACAUCUACGAUGGGCCAGACAGCAGCGCCCAUCUGAUUGGCAGCUUCCAAGACAGUAAACUUCCUGAGAAGAUUGAGAGCACUUCCAACUUCAUGUACUUGGCAUUUCGUAGCGACGGCUCUGUGAGCUACACUGGCUUUCAUUUGGAAUACAAAGCUAAACUGCGGGAGGCAUGUUUUGAUCCCGGGAAUGUGAUGAAUGGCACUAGAAUGGGUACUGACUACAAGCUGGGAUCUAUGGUGACAUUUCAUUGCGAGGCUGGCUACCUGCUGCAGGGCUACUCGACACUGACGUGUGUCAUGGGCAACAGCAAGAGACCCGAGUGGGACAGAGCUAAACCAAGUUGUCAAGCUCCCUGCGGAGGUCACUUCACAGGUUCAGAGGGAACUGUGCUGUCCCCAAACUACCCGCAUAAUUACACCAUAGGGCAGACCUGUGUCUAUGACAUCUUUGUCCCUGGGGACUUUGUUCUCUUUGGUCAGUUUGUGGUAUUCCAGACUUUGACCAGCGAUGUGGUCGAGAUCUAUGAUGGUUCUUCAACAGAUUCAGCCCUUCUCUCUUCCAUAUAUGGAUCACACUCAGGCGAGACCCUACCUUUGAGUUCAGGAAACAAGAUCAUGCUAAAGUUUACCACAAAUGGAACAGAAACAGCCAAAGGAUUUCAUUUUGUUUACCAAGCUGUCCCUCGGACAAGCGCCACUCAGUGUAGCUCAGUCCCUGAGCCCCGCUUUGGGAAGCGGAUAGGGAAUGACUUUGGCAUCGGUAUGGCGGUACUGUUUGAAUGCAGUCCAGGCUACACGCUGCACGGCUCCAACGCCAUCAGGUGCGAGGCUGUGCCCAAUGCCCUGGCCCAGUGGAACGGCACUGUGCCCACAUGUGUUGUUCCCUGUGGUGGAGUAUUAACUGAACGCAAGGGUACUAUCCUCUCUCCCGGAUAUCCAGAUCCAUAUGCCAACUAUUUAAACUGUGCCUGGAAAAUCUCUGUUCCUGAGGGAGCCGGCAUCCAGAUUCAGGUCGUGACCUUUGCCACAGAACACAACUGGGAUUCGCUGGAUUUUUUUGAUGGCGUUGAUGGCAACGCCCCAAGGCUUGGUAGCUACUCAGGUACAACAAUUCCCCAACUGCUGAACAGCACAUCCAACAACCUGUACCUGACCUUCCAGUCUGACAUCAGUGUAUCUGCCGCCGGCUUCCACUUGGAGUACACAGCAAUAGGUUUGGAUUCGUGUCCAGAGCCGCUGCCUCCCAGUAAUGGCCGAAAAGUUGGAGAUCGUUACACUGUGGGUGACAUGGUUUCCUUCCAAUGCGAUCAAGGCUUUUCACUACAGGGUAAUGCAUAUAUUACCUGCAUGCCUGGUCCUGUCAGAAGAUGGAAUUACCCCGUACCUCUGUGCUUAGCUCAGUGUGGCGGCUCUAUGACAGACUUCAGCGGCGUCAUCCUCAGCCCAGGCUUUCCAGGGAAUUACCAAAGCAGCCUGGACUGCAGCUGGAGAGUUCAACUCCCUAUUGGCUUCGGGAUCCAUCUCCAGUUUCUGAACUUCUCCACAGAGCCUGUUCAUGACUAUUUGGAGAUCCGCAGUGGGAGCCUUGAGACAGGAACAGUGAUUGAUCGGUUCAGUGGCCCCACGCUGCCCAAUCCUCUCUUCAGCACCACCCAUGAGACUACUCUGUUCUUCCAUAGCGACUACUCCCAGAACAAGCCCGGCUUCCACAUUGUCUACCAGGCAUAUGAGCUACAGAGGUGCCCAGACCCACGGCCGUUUCGUAACGGCAUAGUGAUCGGACAGGACUACAGCGUGGGGAUGACGAUUUCCUUUGAGUGCCUGCCAGGUUACACUCUUCUUGGAGAACAGUCGCUCACAUGUCUGCAUGGAAUCAGCAGAAACUGGAACCACCCCAUCCCCCGCUGUGAAGCUCUGUGUGGUGGGAAUAUAACAUCCAUGAAUGGCACAAUUUACUCUCCUGGACACCCAGCCGAGUAUCCACACUUCCAGGACUGCAUGUGGACCGUCAGAGUACCCCCUGGGUACGGCAUCUACAUAAAUUUCUCCGUUAUCAAUACCGAGCCAAUCUACGACUACAUCACUGUGUGGGACGGACCUGACCAGAGCUCACCCCAAAUCGGUCAGUUUAGUGGCAGCUCUGUACAGGAGGGCGUGUCCACCACUGCCAAUCAGGUCCUCAUCAAGUUCCACAGCGACUUCAGCACCAGCGGCUUCUUUGAGCUGCAUUAUUUCGCGUACCAGCUGAGAACAUGUCAGCCACCCCCUCCUGUUGCCAACGCCACUAUCUUAACAGAAGAUGAUGAGUUUGAAAUAGGGGACAUUAUUCGGUACACGUGCCAGCCAGGCUUCACCUUGGUGGGCAGUGAAAUUCUGACCUGUCGACUUGGAGAAAGGCUACAGAUGGAUGGACCUCCACCAGUCUGUCAAGUCCAAUGCCCGGCCCACGAGGUCCGUUUUGACUCAACAGGAGUAAUCUUAAGCCCGGGUUAUCCCGAUAACUACCCCAAUCUUCAGAUGUGCUCCUGGCUGAUCAACGUGGAGAAGGGCUACAACAUCACUUUGCACUUUGAACUCUUCCAGACAGAAAAAGAGUUUGACAUCUUGGAAAUAUUUGAUGGUCCCAACAUCUACAGUCAGAGCCUCUCAUCACUCAGUGGUGAUAUUGAAACACCCUUCAGCCUGACCACCACAGGCCACCAGCUCCUCCUGCGCUGGUCCUCUGACCAUGGCACCAACCGCCGCGGCUUCCACAUCAGAUAUGUGGCCAUGUACUGCAGUACUCCAGACUCUCCACAACAUGGCUUUGUAGUGAGCCAGACCGGGGGUCAUCUUAACAGCGUGGUGCGCUGGGCCUGCGACAGGGGGUACAAGCUCAUUGGGAAGGGCACAGCUGUGUGCAAGAAGACCACCUAUGGCUACUACGCCUGGGACGCGCCAGUUCCUGCAUGUCAAGCUGUGUCAUGCGGUGUGCCCAAUGCGCCAGCGAACGGAGGUGUGCUCACUGCUGAUUACUCCGUCGGCACACGGGCGACCUACUUCUGUAACGGCGGUUACCGGCUCUCCAAAGAGCUGACGACCACAGUCUGCCAGCCAGACGGCACCUGGAGCAAUCACAACAAGAUACCCCGAUGCUUUGUGAUGCCAUGCCCCAGCCUUAGCCCGUUUUCCCUCGAUCACGGGAAAUGGAGGAUAGUCAAUGGCUCGCACUAUGAGUAUGGGACGAAAAUAAUCUUCACCUGCAACCCUGGAUACUAUCGUGUGGGCCCCGCCCACAUCCAGUGCCUCGCAAACGGAGUGUGGAGCUGGAGGAACGAGAGGCCUCGGUGUAGAAUCAUUUCCUGUGGUGAGCUUCCCACUCCUCCUAAUGGGAAGAAAAUUGGGACCCAAACUACCUUCGGAGCAUCAGCCAUUUUCAGCUGUAACCCUGGCUAUGUUUUAACUGGAUCUACAGUUAGAGAGUGUCUCCUGUCUGGCCUUUGGAGUGGAAUGGAGACUCAGUGCCUGGCCGGUCAUUGUGGCGUUCCAGAGCAGAUUGUGAACGGACAGGUGAUUGGAGAAAACUAUGGUUACAGAGACACGGUGGUUUACCAGUGCAACCCUGGAUUUAGGCUCAUUGGCUCCUCAGUACGAAUCUGUCAGCAAGACCACAGCUGGUCUGGACAUCUGCCAGUGUGUAUCUCUGUCACAUGCGGCCACCCUGGUAGCCCUAUCUAUGGCCGCACCACAGGCGAUGGCUUCAACUACAAUGAUGUGGUGCACUUCUCCUGCAACAAAGGUUACACCUUGGAAGGACCCUCCACAGCUCAGUGCCAGGCCAACCGUCAGUGGAGCCACCAGCCACCAACUUGCAGGGUGGUUAACUGCACGGAUCCAGGUAUUCCUGCCAACUCGAUCCGGGAAAGUAAGAUUGAGCACGGUAACUUCACAUUCGGCAGCGUCGUCUUCUACGAUUGCAACCCUGGAUAUUACCUCUUCGGCUCCUCGGUGCUCACCUGCCAGCCGGUGGGCCAGUGGGACAAACCAUUACCGGAAUGCAUUGAAGUGGACUGUGGUCAUCCAGGUAUACCUCCGCACGCAGUCAUGAGUGGGGAGAAGUUUACAUUUGGAUCCACAGUGCGCUACUCAUGCCUCGGAGACCGCCAGCUAAUAGGAGACUCAUCACUCACCUGUCAACUGAAUGGACACUGGAGUGGUCCACUGCCCCACUGCUCAGGUGACUCGACAGGCACCUGUGGGGAUCCAGGCACACCUGCCCAUGCCAGCAGGGAGGCAGGGAACUUCAAAGUGCGCAGCAAAGUGCGCUUUACCUGCGCAGUGGGACAUACACUGUAUGGCUCAGCAGAGAGGAUCUGCUUCCCCAAUGGGACCUGGUCUGGCAAACAGCCGUUCUGCAAACCGGUACAGUGCGGGAAUCCAGGUACCCCGGCUCACGGUCGUAUUUCCCGUUUGGAUGGCACAACCUUCUCCCACUCUAUCGUGUAUUCGUGUAUGGAAGGAUAUUUCCUCACUGGUUCGCCUACACGCCAGUGUCUGGCAAAUGGCACAUGGUCUGGCACAGCUCCAAACUGCACAAUGAUCACCUGUGGCGAUCCCGGUAUCCCAGCAAAUGGACUCAGGUUUGGCGACGACACCACAGUGGGCCAGAAUGUGACGUUCAUGUGCCAACUGGGGUAUGUGAUGGUGGGAGGGGACAACGCUUUCACCAGGACCUGCACCAGCAAUGGGACGUGGAGUGGAACCAUGCCAGCAUGUCAAGUGGUGACAUGUCCUACACCCCCAUCCAUCCCCAACGGCCUCCUUGAGGGCUCAGUCCUGGAGUGGGGAACCAGCGUGAGUUACACCUGUUUACCCGGCUAUGAGCUGUCUUUUCCUGCUGUGCUAACCUGCACAGGGAACGGGACGUGGAACGGAGACUUGCCUCAGUGCUUGCCCAAGUUCUGCGGUGAUCCUGGGACGCCUCCCAAAGGAAGGCGAGAAGGACGCAGUUUCAUCUUCAAGUCAGAGGUCACGUUUAGCUGCAGUGCCCCCUACGUGCUGGUGGGGUCAACAACUCGCAUGUGCCAGGAAGACGGGACCUGGAGCGGAUCUCAGCCCCGAUGUAUAGAGCCCACGAGAAGCACGUGUGAAAACCCGGGGACACCUGAGCAUGGCUUCAUGAAUUACUCAACAGGUUUUAAGGUGGGCAGCAGAGUCGACUUCCAGUGCCAGCAGGGACACAUACUGCAGGGCUCCACCACAAGGCUCUGUUUGCCGGAUCUCACCUGGACUGGCACCCAGCCAGCCUGCAUCUCUCACUCCUGCAAGCAGCCGCGGAGCCCAGCCAACGCUGACGUCAUGGGUCUAGACCUGCCUUCGUACGGCUACACCCUGGUGUACACCUGUCAGCCAGGUUAUUUCCUCUCCGGAGGUUCAGAGCACCGUGUCUGCCGCUCCGACGGCAGCUGGACUGGCAAGGUGCCCGUGUGCAGAGCCGGUUCCAAAUCGCAUGAGAAAACUGUCAAACAUAUACCGGGAACACCAAGCCCUAAAAUAAACGUUCCCGAUGACGUCUUUGCGCCUGAUUUCAUCUGGAAGGGUUCGUAUGAUUACAAGGGCCAAAAGCAGCCAAUGACUUUAACAGUCACCAGCUUUAAUGCCACAACGGGGAAAGUCAAUGUAACUUUAAGAGACAGUAGCAUGGAGUUUCUGCUCUCUGGAGUCUACAAACGCCAGGAGGCACGGCUAAUGCUCCUGCUGUACCAGAUGAGAGCAGUGGCCCACAGCUCCUUGAGCAGGAUUACUGAUGAGACCUGGGCAAUGGACGGAUUUGUUUCAGCUGAGCCUGAGGGCGGUAGCUAUGUGUUCCAAGGCUUCAUACAGAGUAAAGACUACGGACAGUUUGGGCUACAGCGACUUGGUUUGAGCGUGAGAGAGAACGUUACGCUCACCGACCCUGAAACCAGCGGCUCCACCAACAGCAGUUCUGUCGCCGUCGCCAUCCUCGUGCCUUUCUUUGCUCUCAUCUUUGCAGGCCUCGGUUUCUAUCUCUACAAGCAGCGGAAAACAGAUAAAGCGCAGUACACAGGAUGCUCUGUCCACGAGAACAACAAUGGACAGGCCACUUUUGAGAAUCCCAUGUAUAACACGAACACAAAAGCUGCUGAGGGGAAAGUUGUCCGCUUUGACCCCAAUCUCAACACCAUCUGCACCAUGGUUUGAUGUCUAUUGAGUAUGAGAAAAAGGGCCGGAGAAUACAACCUCUCCGGGUUUGCUUCACGUGACUAUAUAUAGACAUAUUUAUAUAUUUCCCAGUUUCUAAAGUCACCGAAUUGCUCAGAAACAUAAAGCACACUUUCAGCAACACUUUAAGGUGGUUGCGAUCGAUCGUAUACACAAAGUAAAAGAUGAAAGAGUGAGGAAGGGUAGGUACCGCACCUAUUCAGAUCUUCCCCUAGUCUGGCGAAGAGAAGUGUUUUUUUGCACUCUGUGAGUGUUGGCUUUAUGAAUAAAAGAGCCUGCGGCAUAUAGAUAAAAUAGAGUAUUUUAUACUCUGUAGUAUAAAUAUAGAGGGGUUAUUUCGCAAUGCCAAAUGAAAAAUUUAAUGUUUUCUGUUACAACAAAAAAAAAAAGAAAAAACUAAACAAAAAAACAAAACAGCCCAGAUCUACGCUGUUUUGUUUGCUUUCGUCUUAGUCUUACAUCAUCCUGAUGAGAAUUAUUUUUCUGUCAUGGAGGUGAGGAGCCUCUCAACUGUGAGUUGAUCAAUCUAAUCUGUUUUCUGUUUUCCAAGCAGCGGGGUGUGUAAGCGCAGAUGAAGUGGUAGAAGAGAAACAGCCUCUCUUUGAAUAGCGUCGAUGCUGAAGUCUGUUCAAAGUUAUAUGGUCAAUUAUACCUCUUAAUUGGGUGGUACCUCCUACUGAGGAAAUGUAUGGCCAGGGAUUUAAUUACCGAGGUGCAGUACACUUUUCCGAGUGCCACUGGGAAGGCCUAGGCUUCUGACGACAACAGAGGGCAUUUUCUUCACCAGAGAUAUAGUUAGCAUUAGUAUUUAUUGAUGUUUGCAAUGAAUUUGUUUUUGACUGAAAUGUUUGCACAGUUCGACAAGGCCAACCGUUCUGUACUUGUCAGUGAAUUGGUGAUGUGGGGACUUAUUAAACUGGUAGCUAGGUUUUCCGCUGAUGGUUUUUGCCUCUCAGAAUAACUUUGUGCCCCAAAUGAGCCAAAUCUGGAGUGAAGCAACCCCCGGCCUUGAGCCUGUAUAUAUCAAGAAUUUCAAAGUAGGAGUUGCUUGCCUAAUUAGUUCAGCUUUUCUUAAAAAAACAAGGUCAAGAAUAACUACACUGCACAGAACGUACAACUGGCCAGGUUUCCCAGAAGUUUAUUUAAGCCUGGAAGUCAGUAAAUUGCGCAAUGAUAUGUGAGUGGGCAGUCUGAGCCUUUUAUUAUGUUAAUCAAUAUUUUGACAGCCUUAUGUUAGAGUAACUCCUAAACAAAAUAAGUGCAACUACCCCAUCAUCUCUAAUUUUCAGAGCGGUGUGUGUUCUACAAUUCUUUUGGGAAACCGUGCCUUAGUCAGUAUAUUCUUUAUUCGUACUCCUACUCUAAGACACUUGAUGAAUACACGGCCUUGGCCUGUUUUAUUAACACUGAAACAAUUUUUUUUUGUAAUCUCUUAUGAAACCAUCAGCUUCUGCCAACAAAUGUACAGUAUACACAAGAAUUUGCACACUUAAACAUGAACCAUCAUCCGUUUUGAACUCCCAUCCAAGACCAGUUAUGUUUUAAAUAUUUAAAAAAGAAUAGAAUUUGACACUGUCAUCACAUUUCUACAUCAUUGCAGUGCCUUGAAUACUGUAUGGGCAUGUGUUUUUUAAGAAAGACAUUACAUAUAUUGCAUUAGUAAAACUGCACACUGGUGUAAUUUAUCUGCACAGUUUGCAAUGAUUUAGCAGAGUGAUGUCAGAGGGUUUAUCUGUGACGAGGCAUCAAAAAGCAGCUCAUAGUUUCAUAACUGUGCAUGUUGGCAAAAAGUGAUCCAGUAUAGCAAUUGCUGCUAUAGUACUUUGUACCACUACGUUGACUCCUGUCAUUGCUAUUCCAUUUUGUACAUUUAUACAGUUUUGAUACUUGAUGGCAUUCUUUGGCAAGAUGUCUUGUGUUAUCGAUAUGUACUAUAUUUUGCAAGUUUCACAUUUCUUAUGGAUGAAAAAAAAAGAAAUGCAUCUGGUCAAAACAGUAUACAGUCAGUCUUACACCCAGAGACUCCGGAGUAGAGUAGAAUGCUUUUAAAUGUACCACACAGUUGUUAUCCCGUUCAAGAACCUGUGAAUAAGAACAUGUACAUAUAACAAAACUUUUGUAAAGAGAUAUAUUUUUUAUGCAAUUAAAGCAUUUGUAAGUUAUUGAAUAUGUUGUGUAAAAUUUCACAUGUAAAUGUCAUGUAAGAUCAAAAAAAUUUGUAUUUUUUCUUUAUCAGCAAUGUAUAAAUCGUUAAUUUAUAUAUAAAAUAUAAA